CAGGAGUGCACCACGUAGUGGCGGAAGUGUUUCCGAGAAAGUGAAAAAAUUGUGAAACCUCCUGGAAAAUUCAUGCCAAAGGACGCAAAAUACGUGAAUAAUUUUUAGUAAGUGUGUUUACAAAGGCGAUAAUGAAUUUCUUCACUUCGGAGGACCUAGAUUUUCAGCGAUAUUGCAUUGCAACGUAUGGAUCAAUCGAAAAUUUAAUUGCCAAAGCCAAGAAAGGCGAAAUUGUCGCCCAAGCACAUCUGGGUUGCGCUUACUCGGACGGUUUUGGCGAUCUCUUGCCGCAAGAUAACGACAAAGCGAUUGGAUGGCUUAGCACUGCUGUAGAAAAAGGUUAUGAAUCUCCUGAGAUCCUUGGAAAACUUGGGGGACUACUGGAUUGGAAAGGAACGGUAGUAUGCCGGCGAAAAGCGUACGAGAUGUACCAUAGAGCAGCGAGACUGGGUAAAACAAGCUCCCAGAUAAAUCUUGCAGAAAUGUAUCGUCUUGGAGUUGAAGGAGUCGUGAGCGAAGACCUCAAGGAAUCUUUUAAAUGGCUUAAAAAAGCGGCUGAUGAAGAUUUAUCUGAAAGUGAAGUUAGAACAGAUUUGUGCGGGCCAGCGAGUCAACAUGCGAGCCAUGCGAGUCAGCAUAAAAUAGCUUUGUUUUUAACGUAAACUACAAAAAAACUAGCCUCUGUAACCGUGAAGUAACGAGUAACGAGCAGCUUCCCCAUAAGCUGAAAAAUCUACCUUCCCAGUCAACGACUCUGCAUUUUCUGCUAUAUACUGAACUGCAGAAGCGCAUGCAUCUCGACCUGCAAGGAGUUCAGUUUGAUCUUUUUCUUCCCGAUCAGCUGCAGUGGGACCCUCCCCGACUGUUUUUUAACCAAGAACUUGGCGCUUUAUUUCAGAAGCUUCAAGAAUUGCAGCUGAACUUUCUCAAAAAUUAAUGACAAUAAAAAAAAAAACAACUUACCUUAACAAAAGUUGAAAAAGAUGAAGGCAGAUAACAAAACGAUAUUGAAAGGAGAGCGAGGAUAGCGAAAACUCAUGCCAAAUAGCCAAAAGCCGAAGAAAGGAAAAUGGACUGGGAACUAACAUCUGUCUCGCAUGGCUCACAUGAUGACUCGCAUGACUCGCAUGACUCGCUGGCUCGCACUUUGUCAAGACCCCGUUAAGACGAAUGCAAAGCGCUAUUGGUGGUGAAAAACAAACGGCUCUGAAACUUUUGUACCUCAACUACGUCGCUGGUGAUUGUCCGGAAGGUCAACCACAACCAACUAAAGCUGUUUAUUAUUUGACCAGAGCGGCUGAGCAGGGUGAUACCGAGGCACAGGUUAUCCUCGGAGAGAUCUACUUGACUGGAGGUUGCGAGCAGUUGAUAGAUUUGCCAAGAGCGAGAAGAUGGCUCAAUAAAGCAUCUGACAAGGGCGAUUUAAGGGCGAAAGAGGUGAAUUAUUUAACAGUUAAUGAAUGAGGCUGAGUAUCUUAUGAAGAAUUAUGGAGAUCGAGGAGGGUGUUAUUGGCCUCGACGGAUAACACCCUCCGAGAUCUCCAUAAUUCUUCAUAUGAUACGAAAGCCAAAUUCAAUAAAUGUUUUAUUAUUCAUUAUUUAUUCCUAGUUUAAAAACAUGGCUAAAACAUGCUUACCUCCAUCGAUCCAUCGAUGACAAGUUCAUCUCCACAAAUAUUCUCCAAACAGCAGAUGUUGCCCUUCGAGUUGUCCUCUUGCUGUUCUUGUCAUGUCUUUAGCUAUUUUUUCGCCUAGUUCUUACUCUUGAAAUGAGUGAAAUGUGCGCCAUUUUUCAAGUUCACAACCAAAACAACUCAACCUGGUCCCCAGGUCUUCUCGGUUAACGGUGCAUUAACCUGCAAGAAUGCUGCAUUUUUUACGUCAUUUCCUCGCUAAACACAAAAUUCUUCCAAAUUUGGUCAUCAGUAACUGGUUAUGGUGAAUUAAACGUGUGCUUUUAGCCAGUCAGAAUCAGGGAAAUAUUUUGAAUGAAUAAUACCGUAAAAUUCCGAAAAUAAGCCCCUCCAAAUAAUUAUAAGCCCCCCAAACUCGUAAUGCAAAAAAACCCUCCAUUAAAUUGCCCCUCCAAAAUCCCCCCGGGUGGCUUGUACUUGGAAAUUGCCCUCAAAUACAAAGUAAAACAAGGCAAAAACGGUAAAUUUCCUUCCAUUAUUUAUAAGGCAAGCCCAAUCGAUUUUGAAAUGCAAAUUUCCUUCCGUAUAUAAGCCCCUCAAAAAAAAUAUAAGCCCCAGGGCUUAUUUUCGGAUUUUUACAGUAAUUGUUCUUAUUUCAUCAGUCCUUUGUUCACAAGACUUGCUAUCUUUUACGAUACAAUACGAUACGAUACGAUACUUUAUUUAACACAGAUAUUACUCUUAGCUAUUGGCUAGUUUACAGGUAAUCCACAGCCCUAAUUAUAUUCCAAAAAUUUAAAAUUUAAAAUUCCAAAAAAAAAAUUAUAUUAUAAAAAUUUAAAAUUCAAAGCUAAAAAUAUACAAUAAUUCAUCAUCUGAAAACUGUAAAAGCUAAGAAUUGAUUGAAACAACAAAGAAACAGGCAGCAAUUACUAUAAAUCCCGAUUUCAGUCAAAACUUAAGCAAUUGAAUUUUGUUCUUCACUUCAUUGGUGCCUGCUUUAAUUCCAAUGUCAUUUGCUAGCUCAUUCCAUUUCUUAGCAGCAAAAUAUCUCCAAGAUUUGAGACCGUAUUUAGUCAUGUUAACUUUAGGUAAUGAAAGGAUAUAAUCAUCUCAAAGAUUAUACUUUGAUGAGCGUACAUGUAAGGUGAUAAGAUCUCUAAUUGCGUGUGGAGCUUUGUCCGAUAUACUGUUGUUUAUUGUCAAUAGCAUGUCUUGGAUUCUUCGAGUUUCCAAUGAUGGGAGUGUUAUUCUUUCAAAGAGAUCUUGAUAAGAUGCACUUUUAUCAUUGAAGAUGUACCUCAAAGCCCUUUCGUUGACUUUCUCGAUUUUAGCAGUGUUUGUUUUUCGGCAGUGGUGCCAGAUUUGGUCACAAUAGUCAAAAUACGCCAGUAUAAAUGCGCAAUAAAGCGAUUCCUUGGUUCUAAGUGGCAAAGUGUUCUUCCAUCUGUUCAGAGCACUUAUCUGAGCACUUACUUUGCCACAAAUACUUGAAAUACCUUAACCUUGCAAGCAGUGGUUUCUCCAGGCAGUAGGGAGUCUGAGAAACCACUGCAACUAACCGUCUGCUUUUCCAUCGAGCAUACUUCCCUAUGAGAGGCUAAUGGGGAUGUGCCGCUGGAUGGUGUCGUAUUUUCACGACUGGAUUGACUAUAUUGGGGUCGCACAUUUUCGGAUUUUUGGCGGGGAAGACACUUCUUCAUAUUUAAAAAAUGGGUCAGUUCAUUUUAGGAUGACCUAUUUAAGGAUUUAUAAUAAAGGUAGAUACAUAAAUAGAAAGUGACUAAGUGGGGAUCACGGCAAUUGCACAUUUGCCCAAAAGUGAGAACUACCCCCACCUCCCUUCCCAGAUUCAAGGAAGCAAAAUGUAGCUCCCAAGCAGGCACUUUUAGGGGAGCUUGUAUUUUGUCCUUCCCCACAAACGUCUGCUUAACCAAGAACAAUAUUUGUUUCUCAUUGUUUUUAUUUACUCAGUAAGUGACCAAUCAACAGUUUUGAAAUGAAGUGUUGACAGGCUAAACAUGACUCGUAAGCUUGUGGUGGUGUAAAAACAUGACCCUAGAGUUACCUUAUCCUUCUUUGCUUUCCUUCACUAAGGUUAUGCAGUGCACGGGUAUUCUAAAUUCUGACUAAAUCUUACUUUUGCUGCUCUUAGUCUAAAGCUUUCCCAGUGUGUCAUGCAGAUCAAGUUAUUAUCAGGCUACCCUGCGGUCAAGGUCAACCUUGCAGAAUUUGGAAAGUACAAUGUGAUUGGCUAAGCUUAGAAAAGCAGUGUGCAAAGAAAGUCAUGUCCGAUAGCCUGUAGCUAGUGGGUUUUGCUAUUGGGCUGGUAAAUUCUGUUCUUAACUUGCCCGACUGGCAAGUUAAAUUUUGGGGGAAUUCAAAUUACAACUGAAGAACUGUUAUCAAUCCUGCUCAUCAAAUUAUUUUUCACUCCAGUUAAAAUGACUCUUGGGCUAGUACAUGCUAACUACAGCUUGCCCGAAUGUCAAGCUGUAAAACUGACUGACUUUGCAUCCUGGAAAGGAAUGUUCUUCUCGGUUGAGCUAGCAGGCAUUUGUGGGGAAGGACAAAGAAAUCUGCUUGUGAUGCCAAGCAAAUGGUUGCUCACAGUAGUUUCUCUCCCUUUGUUGUGUAGCAUCAGGCCUGGAGAAAUCACUGCUCACUACCAUCUUUUCACACUGGCUUUUAUUUAUUUACAGAUAUACAGGGCAACAAACUGAAAUUUAUUUUUUAGAAAGGAUGUACGUUCAACCAACAAGUUGCCAUUUGACUUUUCGCAGAUUAACAACAGCCUACAGGACCCAAAUUAUGAGGAUGAAUAGGAACUUACGCACAUAGUUAUAGCCAUUAAAGUGUACAUACCUCACAAAAAGAUGUCUCUUUGUUGUUUUCUUCUGUUUCCUGUUGCACAAAAAAUGUCACUUUUAAUUAGCAAGUUUUGAUAUGUUGGUUUCACACCUACCAAAACUUGCUAAAAUGUUUGUAUAGGGCAGGAAACAGUAUAAAAAACAAUAGAGGGACAUCUUUUUAUGAGGUAUGUACACUUAAAUGGCUGUUUCUAUGCAUUUUACCCAUUUUAUUGAUCUUACAUGAAAUUCACAUACAAAUCCUUAUAAUUUGGCCAUUGUGAAUCUGGAUCCCCUUAAUGAUUAUACCUCCACCUGUGAACAGGAAGUUCGUGUCUUGAGUUUGGGUUGGGGAUGUAUUAUUUUAUUUAUUUAUUUAUUCAUAUAAUUAUUAUAUUUUAUAAGAUUACAGCAAAUUUACAUUCAAUUUGAGAAAAAAUUCAUACUGUGGAACCUUCAUUUAAGAAACCUCUACAUAACAAAGUCCUUAGUAUAACAAACUACUUUCUUCAGCCUAGCCAAAAUUACUGUAAAAUGUUUCGAACAGAACCUCGCUUUAACAAACCUCGAUUUCAUGAAAUCCACAGUGAGUGGUGAGGAGACUUCAGAAAGCCUUGAUAUCAAUAUUGCUAUUUUCAUCAGCCCUUAAAAAUAAAAAUAUUUAAAAAAUACUAAGACUGCAUAAAGUAUACAUGCAAAAAGUACAUGAACCCACCAAAAAGAGUAAAACAAUUAUGUCAACACUAAAACUAUAAAAAUUACCUAGACUACUUAAAUCGUAAAAAACUGCAUAAAACCUACUAAAAAUGAGAUUAAAAAGCACAUAAAAUCACAAAAAAGCUUUCUGAAAUAAAAAUGUCUUGAGUGUCUUUUUAAAAGAUGCUACUGAGGGUCUACUCCUAAUUGAAUAGGGCAAUGAAUUCCAUAGUUGAGGAGCAGCAGCAGUGAAAGAUCGAUCUCCUAACGUUGUUAAAGUCUUGAAUUUCAAAGGGUUUAGUAGCAGUCCAUCACAAUUGGAGCGUAACUUGUAUUUACAUGCUUCUUUAAGACUAAUAAGUUCCUGGAGAUAAAAAGGCACUAAGCCAUUGAUAGCCUUAUACGUUAACAAUAAUAUCUUAAAGUCAAUUCGGAAUUUAACCGGCAGCCAGUGCAGAUUAUACAGCAACGGUCUUACAUGACAGUAUUUAGAUUCCAGGAAAAUUAACCUAGCAGCAGCAUUUUGGACCCUCUGUAGCUUAUUAAGCUGGUAAACUGGCAGGCCAUAGAGCAAGCUGUUACAAUAGUCGAUACGACUUGAGACAAAUGCGUGAAUGAGCGUCUCAGUGGACAGCCUAGAAAGAUAUUUCCUAAUUCUUCUUAUAUUAUACAAGUAAUAAAAAUGGCAAAAAGGGAAGGGGGUACAAGUUUUAUAGAUACUUCCUUUCCCCAGCAAACUGCCAGACCUUCGCGUGGCUGGAAUAACCACGUCAAAUGGCAGUCCCGUCUCCAGUAUGAGAUGUAAAAAUAGUGUCCUCAAUCAGUAUUUUUGUACUAUUACAUUGACACUCAAAUAGAUCCAAAUAAAGUGCAUUUAUUUUAUAAAGCGCAUUUUAUUUAAUUUUUGUUUCAUCCCAAUAGACAUCUUUGUUAUAAACACUCUGUGCCACUCAAACAAACUGCAAAAUGACCUCAAUCAAAUAUUUUUCUUAACCUGUGUCUUUAGGGUGGAGCUAUCGGAGCAGCUGUUUUUGAAACUCUGUUGAAUUGAGUAUCACAGAGAAGCCAAUUUUAACCACAGAGAAAGUUGUGUUUGAUCAUGACCAAGAUUAGUUUUUUCCUGUCUCUGUCUUUGUAAUAUUCAGUGACAAGGUAUUCCAAUCAACCGGUGCGAAGAAAGGGCUUGGGCAGAUUUUACCACAGGACUCCAUUUAAACUGAUGGGGAAGGAGGGGAUGGGGUGACAGGGCGUGAGGGAAAAAAAAAGGAGGGUCUAUUUUGUAAUACCAUAUUUCCUCAAAUGAGCUCCUGGGUGGUUAUUUAAAAUUUUUGUUGAAAGGAGAAGCACUUAUUGGAAGGAGGGUGCGUAACCAAGGGAGUCGUUUAUUUAGGUUUCAAUGAAUUAUAACUUUAUUCUGUCUAAAUCUUUUAUCAGAAAACGAAAACUACAACAUUAUCCACAUGAACCUAAAGUCAAUAUUUAUGUCUUUCAUUUGUUAAAUUAGUUGUUGAUAAUCAAGCGUACCAUACUCCCACAAUGCACUUUACACACAUGCAUUGGAAUGCAUGUUUAUGAAAAUAAUUAUUGAUUAUCUAUAGUAAUUAUCAUCAUCAAAGUUAAUAUUGAUUCUCUCAUCAGUAAAUUGGAAACAGAAACAGGUUUUCCUUGUAUCCCUACUAUUUUAAGAAAGUGAGGGGAGAGGGGAGGGGGUGCUUGUUCAAAAGGCAGGCUUGUUUGAUUAUAGGGAGGAGCUUAAGCUAAUGGAGACAUUUUGAGCGCUGUGCAUCUUCCGGAAGUGAGGCCUUUUCCCUUUUAACAUGCUUGACAAUAACCAAUUUGUAUUGCUAAGUGUAUUUACUCUUCUUCAGAUGAUUUGACUGGAGGUUUGGGCAAAACCACUUCCCAAGAAUGCAAAAAGACUAUUUCUUGUAAUUUGUUGACAUGCGUCGCUUGAAAAGCUCUUUCCCAAAGCUCCCUUUAAGGUUUGCCUUUGUGGUUGGUGCUUACUUGUGGAAGGGUACCAGCUUUUUAGAGCCUAGGUGCUUAUAAAAGGAAUUAAAGAAAGACAAGGAGCUAUACUCAGGGACUCCCUCCUUGGUGGAUGGGUGUUUAUUUUUUAAGAUUUUCAUUGGAGACGGGAGGGGGCGGGACGGAAUUUUGUUGCAAAACAUGAUGCCAAACCCCCAGCUUCCACCACCGAACAGUCCCUUAUUUUAUUUAAUUUUUUUUUUCAGUCAUACUUUACAUUGUCGUUUCAUUCAAGUACUAUAUAUGCUGAGUUUUGGUUCAAAAUUAUACUCAUUGGCAUUUGUUCAUGUUUAUCAGCUUUCUAUCAUACACUUAUGUGUAUGUUGUGGUUCAAUUUUAUCCCUGGUCUAAUUUUUUUUUCCUUUGUGUUAAACUCAUUAUCAUACAUUACCAUACUCCAAAACAAAGGGAUAUAAUAUUUAAACCAAGGAUAAAAUUGAACCACAACAUGCACACUUGGUCUUUGAAAAAACCGAACAAUUUACAUAUUGAUUAAUUCUGCUGUUCUCCAUGCCAAGCAUCUUGAUAAUGAUAAAGCUAAUUACUACUAUCGUUGUUUUCCAGCUUCUUCAGCAGUGCACACAGAGUAAAGACACACCUUGUGCAGCAUUAGAUCACCAAGGAAAAGUUCUGGAGCAGUCCUUCAGCAUAUGGAGUGAAAAAAUGCUUCAGAGAUUGGAAGCAAAUUUGCAUCCGCCUAACGUUAGACAACCAGUCGCGUUCUCAGAGGAAAUGCUCAGCCCGUUUGCAGAAAGGUCCCCAACAGCGCAAAUCUAUCUUCAAGCUUUCAAGCUGGUGAAACAAGGCUUUGAAGUUCUCUACAAGAGUAACUUUGGCAAUGAAAGAGGAAUUUCCCUAAUUGCUUAUGGGUUCUUGACUGAAAAUUCUAUUCUACAAGCGUUUCCCUUGAAUGACGAUUUUUUCCGUCGGGUAUUUGAACUUUGUGAGAAGUGCUUGAAAAAGAAUCCUCAAUUUUACGAAGGGCUCCUUCUAUCAUACGCUUUGCAUCAUUCUGGGCGACACGUUUCUGAGAAGAGCGCCAGAGCUGAUGUUAAGAAAGUCAUGUGCUUAAACAACUUGAUUUAUUUCAUAGAAAAUGCUGAAAGAAACAUGCCUACUCCUGAAGAUCCUUUUAAGUUUGAUGAGAACUACAGCAGCUGGCUUCAUGUUUUGUAUUCUCACUUAGGAUCAUUCUAUACUGUCAGAAAAUCCAAUGAACUGGCAGCAGAAGCUCUUGAGAAUUCUCUUAAGUGCUGCCCACAUUACUAUGACUCUAAAAGGGCUCUUGGGUAUUCUUUUCUGAAGCAGUAUUUAUCUAAACGGAACGUUGAAAGGAAAAGAUCCAUCCAAGAUCCAUCAAAGCCUAGUCGUGAAGACAGCGCUUUUGAUGAUAGGAAAGUUUUCAAGUAUGCAUCUUGGACAAAUGCUCCAGGCAACCAAGAAUCAUCAAAGCCUAGUCGUGAAGACAGAGCUUUUGAUGAUAGGAAAAUUUUCAAGUAUGCAUCUUGGACCACUGAAUCAUUAAAAAAUGCUGCGGUGGACAUAUUGAAGGAAUAUCUAGCUAAGGCCCCACCUUGCUGCAAGAGAUACCCUAAUGCAUAUUAUUAUCUUGCAUAUAUUGCUUUCACAACAGAAAACAAAGAGGACGGAAUAAAAUAUUACGAACUAGCACAAGAUGCUGAAGAAAAUAGACUUCCUUUCUUCGAACCUGUCAACAUCCCAAUGAAAGAUGACGCGUCUCGUUUCUACCAGCUAUAUACCAAUUGUAAUAUUCAGUGACAAGGUAUUCCAAUCAACCAGUGCGAGGAAAGGGCUUGGGCAGAUUUUACCACAGGACUCCAUUUAAACUGAUGGGGAAGGAGGGGAUGGGGUGACAGGGCGUGAGAGAAAAAAAAAGGAGGGUCUAUUUUCUAAUACCAUAUUUUCUCAAAUGAGCUCCUGGGUGGUUAUUUAAAAUUUUUGUUGAAAGGAGAAGCACUUAUUGGAAGGAGGGUGCGUAACCAAGGGAGUCGUUUAUUUAGGUUUCGAUGAAUUAUAACUUUAUUCUGUCUAAAUCUUUUAUCAGAAAACGAAAACUACAACAUUAUCCACAUGAACCUAAAGUCAAUACUUAUGUCUUUCAUUUGUUAAAUUAGUUGUUGAUAAUCAAGCGUACCAUACUCCCAC